UCAGUUAAGCAAACAUAGACCACUUCAGCACGACAAUGACCGAAGGGCUAGUAGCUUUGGUUCUUCUUGCCACAGUUUCUCUGCUUCAGACUGCAGAGGUUCCUCAGCAGAUCCCUUUGACUGUGGCUAAGCUUGGUGAUAAUUUGACUCUGACAUGUCCCAUUUCUGAUAACGGGUCCUGGUUGUUUUACUGGUAUAAGCUUAAUUAUGGAUACAUGGUCCAAAUACUUGCUCAAGGAAGUUCUGGAAAAAUACAGCUUAAAGGACAAUUUGACAACCCGAGAUUCACAGUCAUGAAAGUGGGUGAAGAGUAUAGGCUUACCAUAAGAAAUUUAAGCAAAGACGAUGAAGCAACAUACAUCUGUCAAGCAGGGGAGGCAUUUAUAAUGACUUUCAUUAAUGGCACAAUUGUGGCAGUGAAAGAUCAUAAAAAUCUGCAGACACACAUAUAUGUCAAACAAAGUCCGGAGACUGCGUCAGUCCAGCCAGGACACUCUACGACUCUCCAGUGUUCACUUCUUUCCAAGCACAAAGAAAACAGCGUCCAGUGUCCAGGUGAACACAGAGUUCACUGGUUCAGAGCUGGAUCAGGACAAUCUCAGCCUGGCAUCAUUUACACUCAGAGCAGCAGGAGUGAUGAACAAGAGCAGAAGAGCUGCGUCUACAGUCUGUCCAAGACCAUACAGAACUCCUCUGAUGCUGGGACCUACCACUGCGCUGUGGUCACAUGUGGAGAGAUCCUGUUUGGUGAAGGAACCAAAGUGGAGAUAAGAACCGGAUUUUUUCUCAUUCCAGGACAAGAACAUCUAUUCGUUAUUGUGCUUGGGACACUGAUGAUCUGCUGUAUCAUUGUGAUUGCUGCUCUAACGCUCUGCAUAAAGAAAAAGCAUGUUUGUGAACAUUGCAAUGGAGCAGUGACUGCUUCCUAUCAUGAUGGAUCAGCGGAGGAUCAACCAAAUGAUGUGGACGGUGAAGCAAACGCAGUGCACUAUGUCGCGCUGGGUUUCAACUCGAGAAAAUCUACAAGAUUGAACAGUAACAGGAAUUUUCCAGAGGACUGCACAUACUCUAGCAUCCGAAAAAGUGCAACUCAUUUAGAUGAUGAUGAUGAUGAUGACAUAUGAAAUGAUGUAUAAUAAAUGAU